GUGCGGGGCCGGGCUCCGGUACCCGGGGUGCGGCAGGCACCGGCAUCGCGGGGACCCGGGGCACGGGCAUCCCGGGGAGAGGCGGGGACCCGGGGCACGGGCAUCCCGGGGCGCGGCGAGGACCGUGAGAUCGGCAACCCAGGGAACUGCAGGGAGCGGGGCGCAGGCAUUCCCGGGUACCGGCAUCCCCGGGCACCGCGGGGAUGAGCACCCUGGGGCGCGGUAGGCAGCGGGGGCACCGGCAUCCCGGGGUGAGAGGGCAACCGGAGCAGCGGUAUGCGGGGCUGAGCAGGGACGGGGGCAGCGGCACACCGGCAUGAGCUGGGAAGCGAGGCACCGACAUCCCGGGAUGAGCAGGAAGCCGCCGUGCCAGCACCCGCAUCCCGGGAUGCUGCUGGGAUCCCGGGCACAGGGAUAUUCCUUCCCAUGCCUCUGCAGGCGGGUGUAGGGGAGUCUCCUCUCCCCGAAGCCUUCCCCCCACGGUGGGGUGCAUCUCCCCCUCCCCAGGGAGCCGGGCAGGGCGCGGGGGUCCCCUGCGGAGAGAAGCACCCACUGCCUGGGACCUGGGAGCGGCGGCUGGCACAGGGCAGGGCACCAUCUGCAGCAGGCGCUGGGCUGCCCGCUCGCAGUAGAAGCCGGAGCUGUUGGUGAUCACCCCCUUCUGCACCCCGAAGAGAGCAGGGAGUCCCCCCGUCAUCUGCAUCCCCAGCCCUGGGCGUUUCAGUGGCCUCUCAGUGUACAGCAGCAGGUUAUCCUCUGCCUGCGGGGAGCAGCCAGCACUGGGAAUCCCCCUUCCAUCCUCCCCGCUGCCCGCCUGGCAAACCUCCCCCACCGCCAAAGGAAAGGCUUGGUCCUGAGCAUCUUCAGGCCGAUGGGUACAGGGACAUUCAGCGAUGGGGACGGGACUCCGCACGAGCACUUUUUGUUGACCAGAAAGCAGGCAUCUCCCCCCCUAGUCCUGCCCCAGCGUAUGGCUGAUGAGGACAGCAUCCUGCAGGAGCUGGGAGAUCACCCAGCCCCACUGCCCCCCCAGAUACCCAGCAGGGGACCCCUAGCCCUACCCCAGCCCCAUGGGCAUCCCGCUCAGGACUUCCUCCAACACUUCGCAGCCACCAGCCCCGCACAACUGGGAUGUGCAGGGUCGCAAGCCGGGGGUGACAGGGCAUUUAGGACUGGGCUACAGGCAAAGGAUGAAGGGUUUCCUCCUUCUCUACGCAUUUCUAAUGGCUCCUUUGAGACAAGGCACACGACUCCCCACUGGGAAGCCUCGCUGAGCUUGCUGCUCUGACCUCCAGAUCUAGAUGUGAAAAUGUCCCCCAGGUCCCUCCCGGUCUGACAAACCUUUUACGCUGCAUUUCUCAGACACUGGAAAACACGCAGAGCCCGUUCCCUGCUUUGGUGAUCCCAGUAAACCCCAUGAGAUGUCCGGUGAGCAACGCAGGGCUGGAGUGCAAUGGGGUCUGCAGGGGAACCGGGAUUCCCCUGGGUGGGGGAGACCCACUUCAUGUCACUGAUGUGGUCACGGCCCCUGGUGGCUGCUGUCGGUCCGGACCGUCCUGUGAGGGGUCUGGUGGCAUCUCGGCAUCACCACGGGGAUUUCCUUCUCUCCCACUGCCUGUCUGUGGUCUCUGUCCCUGCAUCACCUAAAAGUUUGAAAACUUCACUGGAUGACACCAGGCAGAGAAGGUGGAACCAGCUCCCGCUCUGCUGAUCAUGGUCAACAAGACCUUAAAUUACUGGGGUCCUGGUUUUGAGGAGGACGUUAUCAACAUCAAUGUGGGGGGUCUGAGAAGGCGGCUCAGCUCCAGUGCCCUCUCCAAAUUCCCCGACACCCGCCUGGGACGCCUGCUCUCCUGCGACUCGGAGGAGUCCAUCCUGCAGCUCUGCGAUGACUACGACGUGAGUGCCAGGGAGUUCUACUUUGACCGAAACCCCGGCUUCUUCCUCUACGUGCUCCACUUCUACCAGACGGGGAAGCUGCACGUCAUGGAGGAGCUCUGCGUCUUCUCCUUCUGCCAGGAGAUCGAGUACUGGGGCAUCAACGAGUUCUUCCUGGACUCCUGCUGCAGCUACCGCUACCAUGAGCGCAAGCUGGAGAGCCGGCAUCACAACUGGGAUGAGGAGAGUGAGGUCAGCAGUGUGGACACGUCCCCUGAUGAGAUCUCUGAUAUCAACCAUGACCUGCUGCGCUACAGCACGCUGCGCUGUGGCAAUGUGCGCAAACGCCUCUGGCUCACCAUGGAGAACCCCGGCUACUCCAUCCCCAGCAAGCUCUUCAGCUUCGUGUCCAUCAGCGUGGUGCUGGUUUCCAUAGCCACCAUGUGCAUCCACAGCAUGCCUGAGUACCAGGAGGUGGACGAGAACGGCAACAUGCUCGAUGAACCCGUCCUGCACAAUCUGGAGUAUUUCUGCAUCUCCUGGUUCACCUUCGAAGUGUCUUCCCGCCUCCUGCUUUCCCCAAAUCCCAGAAAGUUCUUCAAGCACCCGUUGAACAUAAUUGACAUUGUCUCAGUGUUGCCCUUCUACUUCACCCUCUUGGUGGAUGUGACCAUGGGCAGUGACUCGGAGCUGGGCAACCUGGGCAAGGUGGUGCAGGUGUUUCGACUCAUGAGGAUAUUCCGGGUGCUGAAGCUGGCUCGGCACUCCACCGGACUGAGGUCUCUGGGGGCCACCUUGAAGCACAGCUACCGGGAGGUGGGGAUCCUGCUGCUCUACCUGGCUGUGGGGGUCUCCGUCUUCUCCGGCGUGGCCUACACCGCUGAGAAGGAGGAAGACGUUGGCUUCGACACCAUCCCGGCGUGCUGGUGGUGGGGCACGGUCAGCAUGACCACCGUGGGCUACGGCGACGUGGUUCCCGUCACGGUGGCAGGCAAGCUGGCCGCCUCGGGCUGCAUCCUGGGGGGCAUCCUGGUCGUGGCGCUGCCCAUCACCAUCAUCUUCAACAAGUUCUCCCACUUCUACCGCAAGCAGAAGGCGCUGGAGGCGGCCGUGAGGAACAGCGGGAAGAAAGACCCCGAGGACGUGGAGAGCAUUUCCAGCCGCGACCGAGACUCGGAGGCUCUGAGCGAGACCUCCCUGGGCAGAGGCAGCCCCGACCGCCGCGGUCUGACCCCCGGCGCCCACCCCACACCUUGACACCCACCAUGCAGCGGCACCGGGGCGCACGGGGGACCCCUCGCUCACCGCAAGCACGGCACGGCUGUGGCACCGGGACACGGCGGAGGAGCCGGGCUCUCCCCGUCUCGCACUGCACCUGGCGCCCCCCCUGCCCUGCCAAGGACAGGAGGGGUUGGAGAGGAUGCCCAGGGGGUGCCAGGUGCUUCCAGCCCCCUGGACGCAGCGGCCGGGUCCACCUGGACGUGUCUCAGCCUUCACCCGGCGAUGGCCCUGCUCCCCCGUGGCUGCACACGGAGGCUGCAGCACUGGACGUACCCCUGCCAGAAAAGGGGUGAGAAGAAAAAGAAAUAGAGGUGACCCCCGAUCAGGCACUGCCCCGGCUGCGUGAAGGGGGAUUUCCCAGUGGCACCCAGGGUCUAGGGUGAGGUUAAAUAGCCUGAGAGUGACGCAGCCCCCAACCAGGCUGGCUGCCUUUGCAGGUCCUGUGCCAGGUCGGCAUCAACUCCAGCCCCAACCUCGUCCUACCCCCAGCUGGAAACAGCCUCGAGAGGCUCAGCUGCCCCACUUGUCUUGGGGGAGAGGGGGCUGGAAACUAGUCUGCAUGGGAGGAGGUGUCGUGUCCAGCUCAGGGUGAGUCCCACUGUCCCCAGUCCCUGCAGUGGGACCAGCUGGACCUCACCUUCCUUCCGCUGCAGGUGGGAUUUAACCCCUGUCCUGUGCUGCUGCUGCUGGGACGCCCAGGGAUCAGGGGCUGGGACUGUGCCGGGUGUGUGGCACAGCUGGCAGCGCUGGGGGACACCUGCAGGGAAUUGCGGGGCAAAAAGGACCCUGUCCUCCGAGGCAGGAACAGCCAGAGGGGAUGAGCCUGGGGGCACCAGGGGGCCACCCCUGAUGGGGGUCUCCUCCCCAAGCCCUUCGCUCCACGGGGCUCCCAAGCCAUGGGGUGUUUGUUUGGGAGGAGCGUCUGGUCUCUGCGGCCGCUGGCACCCAGCCCCACGGCAGAGAGGAGGCAGAGUCCCUGCGAAGGGCUGCCAGGGAGCGGGCAUGGGGGGGAUGCUCCUGGGUGCAGAGAAACUGCCUCUGCCAUUGCUGUGUGUUCGUGAUUUCCACUGCGGGAAGAGCUGCCGGAGAGCCCAGGGGCUGCAGCAGCCCAUGAUGGGACGGAGGAGGUGACCAAAGCCAGCCAGGUUGCGUACUUGCCCCGGUCCCUCUCACCACAACCCCCAGCCCGGCUUCGCUCUGCCGCCUCGUCCCUCCCCACCCUGGGGCCAGGCAGGGGCAGGAGGGGGGUCACACCACCCCGGGCGUCACCGAAGUCCCUGCAGGAAGCCGAGCUCCCCGGGUGCCAAAGCACUCGCCUUCCCUCCGUCGCAGGGGGAGCACCCCCCACGUCCGCGGGAGAGCCGAGGCAGAGGGGACCUCGCGCUGCUCCUCGUCACCGCAGCCUCUGAGCACCCCGCAGCCGGGCAGGGAGGUCCGGCACUCCCACCCGGACACACGACCCGGCUGGGCACGUUCGGGGCUGCUCCCAGCACAGCGUUAAUUCCCUCUGGAGUUUUUCCCUUGGAUCCCCAGUUCUCUGUUUGGAAACCCGUGCAGCUCCUUGGCGUGCAGAGGAAUACACCCAGCACUGCCCGUUCCCAGCAGGAGAAAAGUGCGCCCUGCAGUCACCCCAUCGGCUCAAAAAUAGGCUGAUGGCUGCAGGAUGGCGGUGUUUGCCACCGGUUGUCCCGGCUGGCUUUCGGCACAGCCGCAGCUGCCGGCUCUGGCUCUGCCUGUAGCGACCUGCUGGUCACGGGGAAGGAAAGACAAACCAACGCCGGUGCGGGUCCAGCCUUUCUGAACCCCCGUGGGACGCGGGGAGGGGUCCCCAGGGAACGGCGGUGUGGGGUGGGAGGGUGUUCAAGCCCCCGGCAGCAUUGAGUCUUCCAGUAUCGACGGUUUGUGUCCGCUCUGUGCUCCUUCUUACCGCGAGCAGGGACCGGCCAGCUCCAUCGCCUGCCCCGGCCAGCUCCCGCUGCACUGUUACUUGAAUAAAGGAAGGAGUUUCCCCUUCUCUCCAUAAAUAUUCCAGUAGCAAAGUAUAUUAAAAUGUGAAGACUGAAUUACAUGUAUUAAUUAAAAAGCAUUAUGCAAAUAAUUAAAAGAGCAUGUAAAUGAAUUUUCUAUCUAUGCAUGGGAUGCAUACUGUAUAUUUUAUUAAAGACCUCAGUG